UAUUGUAUCAGUUCAGUUCGGGAUCAGUCGUUCAGUCAUGGCGUCCGGGAAGACGGUGGAUUUCAGCGCUUCCCACGAAUAGCCGCCGAUACACCGAUUCUUCGCGACUCCAGCCGCUGCUCUGCGUGUUAUUUUCGCGGAACAUCGUUGAACAACGUAGUUACGCAUAUAUCCAGUCACGAGGAGUAUUAAUUCAGCAGUAAAGGUGGGUUUGCAGCAGGAUGGUGGAGCCAGAGGAGCGGCCCUCGGGGGCGGGGCAGAGGCUUGGGGCCCCUGAGAGCCUGGGCAUCAGCACACUGGAGCCGGGCCAGCGCCCCCCCACCAUGCCUCCGGGCAGACAGAUCUCCAUCCGGGUCCAGAUGCUGGACGACACUCAGGAAGUCUUUGAGGUCUCGCAACGUGCUCCGGGGAAGGUGCUGUUCGACCUGGUGUGUGCUCAUAUGAAUCUCGUCGAGGGCGAUUACUUUGGUUUGGAGUUCCUGGACCAGCGUAAAAUGACCGUGUGGCUGGAUCUGCUGAAGCCGAUUCUGAAGCAAAUCAGACGACCCAAGAACAUCAUCCUGAGAUUCGUGGUGAAGUUCUUCCCUCCUGAUCACACGCAGUUAUUAGAAGAGCUGACCAGGUAUCUUUUCGCCUUGCAGAUCAAGCAUGACCUGGCUUGUGGACGUUUGACCUGUAAUGACAGCAGCGCCGCCCUGCUGGUGGCUCAUAUAGUGCAGUCUGAGAUUGGAGACUUUGACGAGGUUCAGUGUAAACAGCAUCUCCUCAACAACAAGUACAUUCCAGAGCAGGACACAUUGAUGGACAAGAUCGUUGAAUACCAUCGGAAACACGUCGGCCAGACACCAGCUGAAUCGGACUACCAGCUUUUGGAGAUUGCACGAAGACUUGAGAUGUACGGAGUGCGUCUUCACCCCGCAAAAGAUCGAGAGGGAACGAAGCUCAGCCUCGCCGUGGCUCAUUCUGGUGUGCUGGUUUUUCAAGGACACACCAAAAUAAAUGCGUUCAACUGGUCUAAAGUCCGCAAGCUGAGCUUCAAGAGGAAGCGCUUUCUCAUAAAACUACGACCUGACUUAAAUCAGAGUAACUGUCAGGACACUCUGGAGUUCAUGAUGGGAAGCAGGGACUGCUGCAAGGUGUUUUGGAAGAUUUGUGUGGAGUACCAUGCCUUUUUCCGCCUGUACGAAGAACCCAAACCCAAGCCCAAACCGGUUUUGUUCACCAGGGGUUCCUCCUUCAGGUUCAGUGGCCGCACACAAAGGCAGGUGAUUGAUUAUGUAAAGGACUCAGAAUUCAAAAAGGUUCCAUUUGAAAGAAAACAUAGUAAAAUCCAGUCCAACAGUGAUCUUUCUCCAUUCCCACCCAGGCUGUGUGCUGAGGGUCAAGUAGAGAGGAAUGCCAGUGCUUCAGGACACCAGGCGGACUCACCUCUUGGGCGCACCCAAGUGACUGUUGAAAACCCGUCUCUCCAGCGCUACACUGGAAGCCUAACCUCACAGACCAACGGAUGCCGAAACGGGACCCAUGAGGAGGCAGAUGCUCGAUUAAAGCCAUCCCCAUCCAAGCAGCAGGCUGAGCAUCUGAGCACAGGUCCUGUUUCCAGGAGCCCUCAGCACAACGAGUCUCCGUCUGCAGGCAGGGUGAUGGUAAACGGCCAGAAACAGAGUCUCAGUCUCGGCCAGAGUCCAGAUGGUCGUCAGCCUUCUCCUCUCACCAGCCCCUUACUGACCGACGCCGGCUUCGUUCGCACAGACGACGAGGACGAGGUUCGGAGGAAGAGGUUCCCGACCGAUAAAGCGUACUUCAUCGCCAAAGAGCUCCUGACCACAGAGAGAACGUAUCUGAAGGAUCUGGAGGUCAUCACUGUGUCCUUUCAGAAGUCCAUUGGGAAGGAUGAAGCCAUGCCGGAUUCCUUGAGAAAUCUCAUAUUUGCCAAUUUCGAACCGGUGUACAAAUUCCACGAGACCUUCCUGAAAGAAGUGGAGCAGCGACUGGCUCAGUGGGAAGGCAGAUCGAACGCUCACAUUAAAGGAGAUUACCAGCGCGUCGGAGACGUCAUGCUGAAGAACAUCCAGGGUUUGAAGCUGCUGACGGCUCAUCUCCAGAAGCAUUCAGAGGCGUUGCUGGAGCUGGAGAGAACGAGCCGCUCGUCCCGGAAGCUGGAGGGCUUGUGUCGAGACUUCGAGCUUCAGAAAGUCUGUUACCUGCCGCUCAACAUCUUCUUCCUUCGCCCGCUUCACCGUCUCAUGCACUACAAGCAGAUCCUGGAGCGCCUCUGCAAACACUAUCCACCGACACACGACGACUUCAGAGACUCGCGAGCUGCGCUCGCUGAUAUUUCUGAGAUGGUUGUGCAGCUUCACGGCACGCUCAUUAAGAUGGAGAACUUCCAGAAGCUUCUGGAGCUGAAGAAGGACCUCGUGGGCGUCGACAGUCUCGCCGUUCCUGGACGGGAGUUUAUCAGGCUCGGCUGUCUCAGCAAACUCUCUGGAAAAGGUCUUCAGCAGAGGAUGUUCUUCCUGUUCAAUGAUGUUCUGAUGUACACGAGUCGAGGGAUGACGGCAUCCAAUCAGUUCAAAGUUCACGGCCAGCUUCCUCUGUAUGGCAUGACGAUCCGAGAGAGUGAGGACGAGUGGGGCGUCCCGCAUUCAUUCACUCUGUUCGGACAGCGGCAGUCUGUCGUCGUCGCCGCCAGCUCAGAGUCUGAGAUGGACAAGUGGGUGGAGGACAUCAAGAUGGCCAUCGAACUGUCGGACAAAUGCAACGGAGCCUCGGCUGAGAUCCUGUCCAGCAGUUUCACUGACGGCAAAUCCCCUGAGGAAUCUAGCGCUGACCAGGAAUCCGAGGAUGACCUGAGCGCCUCUCGCACGUCUCUCGAGCGGCAGACGCCUCACCGCGGUAACACCACGGUUCAUGUGUGCUGGCACCGCAGCACCAGCGUGUCCAUGGUGGACUUUAGCGUAGCGUUAGAGAAUCAGCUGUCUGGGAAUCUGCUGAGGAAGUUUAAGAACAGCAAUGGUUGGCAGAAGUUAUGGGUGGUUUUCACCAACUUCAGCCUGUUCUUCUACAAAACACACCAGGACGAGUUUCCCCUGGCCAGUCUUCCUCUGCUGGGAUACUCCAUCACCAUUCCCUCAGAGUCCGAGAACAUCCAUAAAGACUACGUCUUCAAGCUGCAUUUCAAAUCACACGUCUACUAUUUCAGAUCCGAGAGCGAGUACACGUUUGAGAGGUGGAUGGAGGUGAUCCGCAGUGCAACGUGCUCGUCCAAUCACAUCCGCUCCUUCAGCCGCAAAGAUCCACAUCCCUACUGACCAAAGAGACACACACACACACACACACACACACACAGGACGUUCUCAAUCAGGUUCUCCCAACACACACUAACACAUUUCUUAUGGCAGCGGCUUUGAGUGGGAAUGGUUUCGUGUGCUGUAUCGUCGUUUCACUUUAUAGAAAAAUUCAGCCUUUGAUUGGGUUCAGAUGUGAAGUUUUGUGAGAUCAUGAGAAUAUGGAGGUCAGUGCCAGAGUCCAGAAAAUACUACUAUCAUCAUCAACAUCAUCGCACGAUGGAGAGAUCAGCGGGUUCAAGUCAAACACUUCCAGUUUUAAAUGUGCAGAAAGACACGAUAUUUAGUUGGGAAACAGUCCUUGAUCAUGAAAUGCAACUCAUUUGUGUAAAUUGUUCGUAAAAUUCACAAGAAUGCUUUCAGGAAUGUUUU